AUGCCCGCCGCGGCGGCGCGGCGAGACACUGACGAGGAGGACGCGUCGGGGCGACGAGUGUGUACGUGUACAGCUGUGAACUGUGAACUGAACGCGAACUUGACAGCUUUUUUUUCGUCGCCCGAACCGCCGCUCCGCGCGGUCCGUCACUGUUCGCUCCCCGCGGCACGCGCACCCUCAGUUGCGCGCGCUCGACUCCUUCCCCGCGUCGAAUCCAAGCGCGCGCGCGCGCGGCGCCGUCGGGCGCGCGACCGACGCGCGCGACCGCGGCCGACGCGCGCGCGGCUUCCCCUCGCCGCGCCUCGAUCGCUUUUCCGCGAAUCUCGCCAUCGCCGUUUUUUUCGCGCGUCACCAUCCGUCCGUCCUCCGCCGCUCGUCCACAGGCGCGCUUCGGCCACCAUGGUCGCUAGUAGGAAGAGAGCGCAAGGCAGGACGCGCGUCGUUGAACCGAGCGCGAAGCAAAAGAAGUUCAAUGCCACGGUCCAGGACAUCCGCGACCGCUUCGAAGCGCGCGCGGAUCCGUCGUGCAAGCUCUCUCCGAAGGAAAAGUUCGACGCCGCGCAGCGCGACUUGGAGAAACUCGUCGACGCCAUCGGCGAGUUCCACGGCCGCAAGCUGCACUUCAGGCGGAUUCUUCUUCCCGAGGACGCGGAGUGGAACGAGAGCGGCCUCAAGGAGGAGUUCAACGUCAUCAUCGGGCACUUCGAGACCGACGGGAUCGGACUCCGCGGGAACUUGCGAAAGCUCCGCAGCGACGGGAAGCGGCUCGUUUCCGACGUCUGGGACUGGUUUUUUGUUCACAUCGGUGACACGCCCGCGGCCGGUCGCGCUCGCGCGCCUUCGUUUGUCAUGGGCAACAUGAUUCCCUGGCCUGGGCGUCACGACGCCGGCAAGAUCAUCUUGAAAGGCGUCGGGACGCGCGAGAGGAAGUUGAUCGAGGACUUGAUCGUCGAGGCGUUGAACGCCUGCGGGACGCCCGAACGCGCGGGGGGCUUCGGUCGGCCGGCACGCGAAUGGAUGGCGAAGCACUGCCCUGCGGAUAUGCCCGCGGAGCGCGCCCUGUGGCCCGAGCUGGACGGUGAUGUCCACACCAAGUCCGUUCACAUGUGCUUGGCGACGUCCAUCGGGUCGACGCGGUGGCUCACGGAGCGCUUCAUCCGAGGCAUGGCGGACUUGUUCGUGCACUUCGGCGGGCCGGCGGGCACCUUCGACACGCUCUUGGCGAAGUUCAAGGAGGACGGCCGCCUGCUCGAGAUCACGCCGGAGAUGGCGGCGUGGUUCUCCGAGAGGAUCAAGGAGGGGCAGCAGUACUGGAAGGUGACGGGCCAGUCGAAGAACGCGCCCGGGGUGGGGACGCGCGGGGUGAAGAAGAGAAAGAAGGCGGCGAGGGUGAAGAAGUUGAUGGAGACGCUGAGCAAUAGGACCGCCCCGGAGAAGGCGGCGACGCGGAAGAAGAUGCUCGCGACGCUGAGCAAGAGGACCGCCCCGGAGAAGGCGGCGUCGGAGAAGAAGAGGAUCGAGACGCUGAGCAAGAAGACCGCCCCGGAGAAGGCGGCGACGAAGAAGAAGAUGCUCGCGACGCUGAGCAAGAAGGUGAAGCUGAAGAGGAAGCUGAAGAGGAAGAGGGGCGAGGGCGCCGGCCCGCUCGUGGUCCUGCCGCUGCCGGACGUCAUCCACCGCGUGCAGCACUACAUCGUCACGGGCGCCAAGGGCGACCGGCGCGCCGUGUGCGACGGCACCGUCCUGUGCGCCGUGUGCAAGACUGGCAAGACGAGCAGGUGGCGCACCGGCGAGAACCCCGAGGAGAAGAUCUGCCAGAAGUGCUACUUGAGAGACAAGGUGCGUACCUGCUGGUCCCAUGCUCGUGUUCCUCUCCACCGUGUCCCACCUCACCUCUCUUCUUCGCGCAGGUUGACGACGACUACGUCUGCCCCGGGUGCGGCGCCGAGGACGGAUCGGACUGGCUCGUCGCCAGGGGCUUCCUGA